CAGCACUAAUCCCACCGGUGGUUAAACUUUCCCCUCUCUCUCUCUCUCUCUCUUCUUUCCCUUCUUCCUUCCGGUCGGAUUUCUUCCAUUUAAAUCGUCCGACUCUUUCUCUCUCUGUCGUAUGAAAUUCCGUCGGCAUCGGCGACAAUGCCCUCCUCCGUCUCCCCCGCCACCUCAGCGAGCCGCCCCUCCACCGACCUGGUCGCCCGCCUCAGCUCCUCCGACCUCCAGGUCCAGCUCAAGGCCCUGAGGGACAUCAAGAACCAGAUCAUCGGCAACCGCACCAAGAAGCUCACCUUCAUCAAGCUCGGCGCUGUCCCCGCCGUCGCCUCCGUCCUCGCCGACGCCUUCGAUGCCGCCUCCUGCUGCGCCUCCUCCUCCGACCUCGUCGUCCAGUCUGCUGCCGCGCUUGGCAGCUUCGCCUGCGGUGUCGAUGCUGGAGUCCGAGCUGUCAUCGACGCCGGUGCAUUGCCUUACUUCGUCCGGCUCCUCUCCAGCUCCGAUGAGAAGGUCGUUGAUUCUGGUGCGCGGUCGUUGAAAAUGAUUUACCAAUCUAAACUUGCUCCAAAGUAUGAUUUUUCAGAGAAGGUGAACAUGGACUUUCUGCUUUCCCUGCUAAAUAGCGAAAACGAGAAUGUUAAUGGACUUGGUGCUGGCAUCAUCACACAUUCAUGUGAGACAAGUGCAGAGCAGAAGGUGCUUUGUGAUAACGGGGUUUUAUUGAAGCUGAUAGACUUCCUUGAAGGUUCUAUAAGUCAGAGGGAUGCCAGUUUGGAGUCUCUAGCCUCAGUGAUGAAGGAUAAUACUGAAGUUACUUCCAAGUUUGUGGAAUAUGAAGGAGGAAGAGCUUUGAACCUCUUAGUCAAACUUACCAGUGAGAGGUCCACGCGUACGAGGUUGCUUGCAUGUGCGUGCUUGAUCAUUAUAAGAAAUGUCUCUCCUGGCUAUCUCAAGGGUAAAGGAAUUGAAACCAAAUUGAUCUGUUAUUUGCUUGAGCUUCUGGAGGAACCUGGGCAAGUUGGAGAUGAAGCUUCUUUUACUCUGUCAAGUUUUAUCGAAGAUAAGGAAGAUUUGCAGAAACUGGCAUUUGAUGCAAAUGCCAUUGAUCUACUUUGCACUCACUUGCAAAAGGAUCUGUUACAACCCCAGCGAUUAGAAGGAAUAUUACUCGCUUUAGCUCAUAUAUGCUCAAGGUUGGAGGUCUGCCGGGCUAAAUUACUCCCUAUGCAGGCAUUUGAUUCGGUUAAUGAUGCACUACGCCAUGAUUGUGCUGAUGUACGUGCAGCAGCUUGUAUGUGUAUGAGAAGCGUCUCUCGGUCAGUCCAGAAUUUGAGUGCAGGGUUCUUCAUGAAUGAAAAGAUUGUUUUGCCUCUACUUCAACUUCUCCAUGAUCCGACUCUGUCUGUUCAGCUGGCAGCUCUUCGCGCAAUAAGCAACAUCGUAGUUGAUUUUAGAACACGCAAGUCAAGUUUUGUGAGAUGGGGAGGGGUUAAGCAGCUUGUUCAGCUGUCAAUGUCAAUGAAUCCAUCAAUCAGGUCAAAUUCUUUAUGGGCUCUAAAAAACUUGACUUUCGAUGCUGACAACAAAUGUAAAGAAGGGGUUUAUGGAGAGCUCACAGCAUCCUCACUGGCAAGCCUCAUUGGUGAUCCGGAGCCCCCUGUCCAAGAACAAGCCCUAGCUCUUGUCCGCAAUCUCAUUGAUGGAAGUUUAGACUCCGUUCAGUAUGUAUUCGCAGAAGACAGCAUUGUGUUAGAUGCUGUUGGAAGGCAGUUGCAACGUGCUUCCACAGCUGAAGUUGGGAUGCAGGGAAUGUAUGUGCUGUGCAACGUUGCCAGUGGCGGGGAGGUUCAUAAAGAUGCAGUAAUGGACCAAUUGCUUCGCGACACAAAAAACAGCAGCUCACCAUUCAUAACACAGUUUCUGCAGAGCAACGAUAGUCGCCUACGAACAGCUUCUGUCUGGGUGGUUGUUAACUUAACUACCCCUUCCUGCCGAGGUGUGUCUAGUAGGAUCGGAAAACUGAGAAAUGCUGGCAUAAUUUCUCAGUUGAAGAACAUGGUCAACGAUCCCUGCCUCGAUGUAAAGCUUCGAGUAAGAACUAUACUUGGGCAGUAUAUGACUUUUGGUGACAGCUGAAGUUGGUUGUUCAAGGUCAUCCCCUUAUUAUACUGGGUCCUGCAUUCUCGACCUUGCUGUUGUAAGAUACUAUGCAGCUUCGACGACUUAAAACUGCCACUGUCGUGUUGAGGCUCAGCAAGUACCUUUCAGCUUCUUGGGUGUGUAGUGUAGCAGGCAGGGGAGCUCAUUUGUAUGUACAUCAAAUUCUCGGCUGUCUCCGUAUCACUGUCCGUUGGUGCAUUUUUGAUAAUUCUGGUGCUUCUAGAUUCUCAAGGCAAUCAGAUGCCGAUAAUCAGCUGUAUCAGUCUGUAGAUUUUGCUGGGGAAGCAUAUUCUGCUGUAAAAUUCAUGCCUUCCCCUUGAAAACAAGAGGGCUUUUACGUGUGAAAAAGAACUCAGAAUGUUCCUAUAGUUUCGUUCUUGUCGGAUAUAUAUAAAUAAGUUUCACGUC